AAAAAAGCAUUCAGUGUAUGUAUGCUGUUCUUGACACUAGAUUUUUAGAGUGAUUUCAGCAAUUUCAAGGUAUUGAACUAGAAAAAGUUUAAAAAUGAGUGAAAUUGAUUCGGAUGAUUCUGACGACCGUCCUAACCUCUUUGGUGAAGGUGAUAUCAGCGACACAGACCCCACCUAUGUACCAGACACCCAAGGUUUCAUGGAUUCUGAUUCAAGUGCCAAUGAAGAUGUUCAAGAUAAUCUGCAGCAUAAGAAAACAAAACAUCCUGAGCAGCAAAACGAUGUUACCAGCAACGCAGAUUCCUCCAAUGCACCAGACCCUCAAGAUUCUACAGACUCUCAUCCUAGUGCCAAUGAAGAUGUUCAAGAUGAUCCACAACCUAAGAGAGCAAAACAUCCUGUACGAAAAAAAACAUGUAGAUAUGAAUUGUGGAAAAGGAAUAUUGCUCAUAAAAACCGGAAUGAAGGUAAAGCUUACACUGAUAGGAAAGGAACACACCAUAGGGAGAAGCAAGUGAGAGAAUUCAUUCACCAAUGUAGAUUUGAAUGUAAUGUGAAUUUUUGUGAAGAAAAAAGGCAAGAACUUUUCAAACAAUACUGGGAACUUGGGAAUUGGGAGCUUCAGACUGCAUUUUUAAGCUCUUGCAUUACAAUGGAAGAACCUAGAUGAAAGAAAAAAGAGGGAGAGGGAUCAAGAUCUUUGAGCUGCCAAUUUUAUUUCACUGGACAAAGAGUAUGCAAACAAUUCUUUCUCUGCACUCUUGAUAUCAGUAACAGAAGAGUGACAAGUUUAAUUUCUAAGAAGAAGUUGUCAUCAACUGGUAUUGCACCUAGGGAUAAAAGGGGAAACAGAAGUCCUGGAAACAAGAUUACUGAAGCCAAAAUUGAGUUUGCUAAACAGCAUAUCAACUCUUUUCCAAGACACACAAGCCACUAUUCACGCACUCAUGCACCAAACAGAAAGUAUCUGAGCCCAAAUUUGAACACUACUAAGCUGUACAUGCUUUACAAAGAGAGCUGCAUUGAAAAUGAGAUGGAACCUGUCAAAGAAAGCUACUAUCGCUGUCUUUUCAACACACAGUUCAAUUUGAGCUUUCGUAAACCACAGACUGAUAUGUGUUACAUGUGAUAGACUACAAAACUUGAUAGCUAAUGGCACCAUACUUGAAGC